AUUACCGUGAAACGUACUUCUCUUAAUAGUCUCUUUUGCUUCUCCCGUCAAUUUCUCUUGUUCUUCCCCCUUUCUUCUCUCCACGCUAUAUUCCCUCCUCCAAAUCCCAAAUCUCUGUAUUCUUAACCAACCCUAAUUCUAACAAAUCCCUCAAAAUCUUUCAUUUCAUUACAUUUCAAUUCAGUUCUCCUCAUCCUCCCAAUAUGGCUUCUGCAGCAGCCCCUAUUCUACCCGUCUCCACCGCCCAAUCCGCCUCCGCCACCUCCGCCCAGUCCCAACCCCCGAUCGCCACCCCCGCUUUCCGCGCCCUAAUCACCCACCUCUCCGAGUCCCUACGCAAUGGCUUCUCCCAGCGCCGCCCUUGGGGCGAACUCGUUGAUCGCUCUGCCUUCUCCAAACCCGAGUCCUUAUCCGAUGCCACCGUCCGUAUCCGCAAAAACUACUCCUACUUUCGAGUGAAUUACCUUUCCGUCCUCGCCAUUGUUUUGGCCUUCUCUCUUGUAACCAAUCCUUUCUCUCUGUUCAUGCUCCUUGGUCUUCUCGCUUCGUGGCUUUUCCUCUAUCUGUUUCGUCCGUCCGAUCAGCCGCUUGUCAUCUUUGGCCGUACUUUUAGCGACCGUGAGACUCUUGGGAUCUUGGUUGUGCUGAGCGUGUUCGUGAUCUUCCUUACCAGCGUUGGAUCUGUUUUGAUCUCGGCUUUAAUGGUUGGAGCGGCUUUGAUCUGUGCUCAUGGUGCGUUUAGGGUUCCUGAAGAUCUAUUCUUGGACGAACAAGAGCCUGCAGCGACUGGAUUCUUAUCCUUCCUUGGUGGAGCUGCCUCCAACGCCGCCGCUGCUGCCGCCCCUACCGUUGCCGCCCCUACCGUUGCCGCACGCGUUUAAGUGGAUGGUUGGAUUGAUUCAAUUGAAACUUAGGAUUUUGGUAGUGGAAUAAAUGUCAAUUUGGUAAUUUUUUAUUUUUUUAUUUUAACUAUUGUCGUGAAUAGAAUAUGGAUCUUAUAUUUUUUUUCUUUUUGCUCAGUGCAUAUUUUACAUGAUACAAUUUGUACUUUCAAGUUUCAUCUUUUUAAUACAGAUCAUGGAAUGGAUAUUCGAGUUUUCUAUUUGUUAAA